AUGUCCAGUAAGACUGCAGUUUUCACAUCAAAGGCACCCAAGCCUUUGCCCGGUAUCUACAGCCAAGCCAUCGUCGCCAACGGCUUCGUAUACUGCUCAGGACAGAUCGCUGGGGAUGAGACGGGCAACAUCAUUGAUGGUGAUAUUCAAGCUCACACUCACCAAUGCAUCAAGAACUUGACUGCCGUCCUGACAGAGGCUGGAACAACGAUCGAGAAGGUUAUCAAGGUCAACAUCUUCCUUGCAAGUAUGGAUGACUUCGCGAAGAUGAAUGAGGUGUAUAAAACUUAUUGGGGCAAUGUCAAGCCAAGUAGAACUUGCGUGGCUGUCAAGACUCUGCCUCUAGGCACAGACGUUGAGAUCGAGUGCGUUGCAGUACUAUAA